UUUUAACGGUGCUCAAUGAAUACAAGUCCACUUUACAUGAUCAAUUUUUCAUUAUAUGUUUAAGUGUUUACACUGUGUUGUGAUUUUGAAGAAGAGUCUAAUAAAACAAAUUCGUAAUGAGUGACAAAGAGCUAUUUACUAACAAUUAAUUUAUUAGUUACAACUUCUAUCAAAAAUGUUUGAAAGGGAUUUGAUGAAUAACAAAGGCUCUGCCUUUUGCUGUAAUCUCCUCAUUUUAGCGUUAAGUUUUUCUGAAGUCAAGAGCAGAGCUGAUUACUUUGAUGACGAUUACUUAGGUUACAAGAUUACAGACCUCAAAGCCGAUGUAGUCAAUUACCACCAAGCCCUGGAAAAGUUCGACAAGUCAAACAAUAGCUUCGACGCCUUAUCGGGAAGCCUCAGAUACUUCUUUAGGUAUGUGGACCUGACGCGACCGGACGAACUAACAUCCUUCAUUUUCUCAUAUUCCAAGCUGCGGCCGGACUUGUUUCCUCUGGUUCAAGAGAGACGAAGCGCUAAUGAGGGCCACGCUCAGCUAAAAUCAAACCUGUUGAUCAAGAGAAAGGACGGCACUUUCUUCCUGAUCUACCCAAAUCGACCCAGCAUCGAUUUCCUGUCGGCGAGGCUGAAGCAAGAUGAGGACGGGCUCUGGGCCUAUGAUGGGGUGAACGAACCAAUCAAGAAUUGGGUGUUGGUAACCAUGUACUGGCGCAAAAAGUAUCCGCACGAAUAUUUCCGGAACGUGACGGUCGACUUUCGCUGGGAUAAGCUCGAUGAUGAUACUAACUUUGCGACAAGGGUACAGGCCUUUGACAGGCCAAAGUUUGAAUAAAUUCUUCUCUGUAAGUGAAAAAACACCGUCAUCUGAAAAUCGCUCCAAGUUAUUAUCAUAUUUAUUCGUCUGGCAACUCAUCUUUUCGAUUGAAUCUCAGCGUACAGUAUGAAGCAUUAAAAACAUCGAAAUUUUUUAACCGCUUAUCCAGUUUUUCCGCUAAUACAGAAAAAGAGUUCUUACCUUAAGGCAAA